AUGUUGCCUUCAUCAGUGCGCCGCGUCGUCGCCUCCGCCGUCUCGACUCCUCAGACCGGUGUUGUGUCGUCCCUUGCCUCAGCCACUCUCAAGACUACUCCUGUCUUUGUUCGAAAUCACCAGCGACGAUGCUCCUCCUCGAAACCCUCCAAAUCCGAUAACGGCCCCAACGACAUCUCAGCCGGCCAGUCGGUUCCUGCUACUACAACGCCUAAAUCGGGCGGCGAGAAGCGAAAACGCAAGAGCAACAAGGAUGCCUCCGAUCGAGCUGCUUCUGUGAAGAAGCUGCCCAGCGUCCCCAGCACACAUCACAUGUCACAAGAAGCCCUUGGUCUAUCAAGUUUCUUCUCACUACACAGACCGAUCUCUGUCACCCAAACUAUGCCCCGAGCCGUGACCGAUGAGCACUUUGCCUCCAUCUUCGCUGCACGAAGCAGAAACAACAAGCUGGCCGACACCGAAUCGACGCUCUCCAGUACUAUCGAGCAGUUGGAGGGUCCUAUGGCCCAGAUGACCAUUGGUGGACAGGAGGGUCAGGAGGUUAUGCACAAGGUUGAUAUCAAGAACCCCGACGGUACCGAGUCGAGCAUGUACCUCCAGAUCGACACCAUGUCUGGCGAAUUUCUCCCCUUCCGACCUCCUCCUCUGCCACAAGUUGAGGCCGCUGGCGAGUCAGAGAGUGUUGUUGCGGAAGCGGAAGCCGUGGAGGACGUUCCUCAGCACCGUGUCUACAAGGCUCUCUUCACUAUUGAGGAGUCCACCGACCCCGAUGGUCAGAUUCGCAUCAUGGCUCACAGCCCUCGAAUUAUGCAAGAUCAACCGCGAAGCUUUCUCGAGCGCCUAGCCCUUCGCCAACUCAAAUUUGACGAGGCCCAGGGCCGCCGCGAUAUGCAUGCCAUUAGUGUGAAGCGACAACGGAAGCUCAAGAUGAAGAAGAAGAAGUACAAGAAGUUGAUGAAGAGGACGCGAGUCCUGCGCCGCAAGUUGGAUCGAACUUAG